GGCAGAGGAAUGUAAAUCUUGGCAGGCGAUCGCCGAUUACUUGUGGUGCUUGUUCACAAACAUGGGCAAAGGCAACAGUAAGCUGAAAGGAGAAGUGGUUGCGAAACUCGCCAAGGAAACCUACUUUACUGAAAAAGAAGUUCGCCAGUGGUACAAAGGUUUUCUAAAGGACUGUCCAAACGGCCAAUUGACAGAACAAGGUUUCUUACGGAUAUACAAACAGUUUUUCCCACAAGGAGAUCCUUCCAAAUUUGCCUCUUUAGUGUUUAGAGUCUUCGAUGAAAAUAAGGAUGGUGCAAUUGAAUUUGAAGAAUUCAUUCGAGCUCUCUCGGUGACGUCACGAGGAAGCCUCGAAGAAAAGCUCGUGUGGGCAUUUAAGCUCUAUGACGUCGAUAAUGAUGGUUACAUCACAAGAGAAGAAAUGUACAGCAUUGUAGAUGCCAUCUACCAAAUGUUGGGUAAUCAAGCCAAAGUUGAAGAUUCAGAAGAUGAUCCCAAGAAAAGAGUGGACAGGAUUUUUGAACAGUUGGACAAAAAUCAUGAUAACCAGCUUUCUUUAGAAGAAUUCAAAGAAGGCUCCAAACAUGAUCCGAAGAUCGUUCAAGCGUUGACGCUGUACGCCCCUUAGCCGCUCCUCUUCUUCUCCUAGCAUUCCACCAAAAGCACAAGAUGACACACAGAGACUCUUUUCGCACAUAUCACUCUGACCCCCUCUCCUUCUUUGUCUUUCUGUUGCUGGGUGCCCAUCUCAUGGUUCCUGUCUACUUUAUGUAGGGCAAAUAUUUCGAAAAGUAACAAAAGUAUUCUGUAAACGUCAUUUCUGGAAACUGAAGCAAUCGAAAUUACCUAUCCCAGAAAUUAACCAUAAUCCACAAUUUCUUCUAAAAAAAAAGUUAUGUUUCUAAUGAAAAACGUAAGGCAUUUAAAAGUUAUUUUCUUGAAGUGGACAAAAAUUUCCUGGGAAUUAAAAUGUAACAAAUAUAUCAGGAUUCCAGGAACUUAGCUUUCUAGAACUUUCUUUUGGUAAAAUACACAGCCAUUUUUAACUGAACGUUAAGGUUUCGCAUGCGUGAAUAAAUGCUAAAGCCGUCUGAAUUCUCACUGAAUAAGAAUAAAUAAAAUCUUAGAUACAAAAUCAUAUGCCAGAUAUUAUUUUAAGUACAAGUGCAAUUUAAUGUCUUCUGCUUUAUGACGGUAAAUUAAAAUGUACGACAUUUUGCUUUUCUUGCAUUUAAAACUAAUCUGAAGCAUUAAUAAUUUAAAAAUAAAAUCUUUAAAUUACUCUUCAUUGGAAGAUAUUCUGGUUUAGCGCAGAUUAUGUCUUGGAAAAUAUUUUGAUGAAUAUACAUCAAUUAUCUUAAAAGUAUUCUAAUGGUAUUAAAGGAAACGUUAAAGAAACGAAGCUAUCUAAUAAAACUUAAUAAAAAAUUAUCCUUAUAUCAACAAUGAUUUAUGUAAUAAAAUAACAUUAUGUUAUAUUUUACUUAAUGUAUAACAACAUCUUGGGAAAAUAUUUGGUUUAUAAAACAGUCAAUUGAAAGCGAUUGAUGGAAAUGCAAUAGAAACUACGAAAGAAAUGAAUCUACGAUUAGAGCGAGAGAUUUUUAGCGUCUCUUAUUAAAUUUCAUGCAAUAUUUUUAGCAUAUUUUUUUUUGCUGCUUUAAGCUUUUCAUUGUUAAGUUUCUAAAAAUGAAUAACUUUAAUCUUUUAAAGUAAAAAUAAUUUGAUAACCUUUAAAAGUUAGGAAAUAUUGCUAUAAUUCAGUAUUUUUUUAAAUAAUAAACUCACUUAUAGAUUGAGGUAAUUGUGUAAUAAAUCUACACCAGUCUCAUUCUUUGAGGAGAUGAUUAAAACAUUUAGCUUUUAUGAGUUAAAACUGCGUUUUAGUACAUCGUUAUACGUAUAAAAUUUGGUAAAAUACAACCUUUGUUGCUUAAUUUUACAUUUUACUUUGAAAUAUUUCUCUUCUUAUUAAAUCAUAAUGUCAUUCAAAUCCAGUUAUCUUUCGUUAUUUGAAAUUUCCAUUUAUAAUUAUUGUGCUAACUUGCUAAAAUAUAUGUUCAAAGCUAAACUUAUUAAAAUAUAUAUUUCAGAUUCAUCAUAUACUCACCAUUCAUAAUAUACCAAUCAUGGUUCAACUGUUUUAUUCUGAUUCUGAUAAAAUGUUAAGGAAUUGCUUAAAAUGUCUUCAGUGGAGUAUAUGUUACUUAAAUAUAGAAAUAUCUUUAAAUAUGCUUUUUGUGAAAUUAACCAUAAUAUUUCGUUAACUAUAUAGAAGUUUUUUCAUAUUGUUUGAACAUAUCAUUUUUAUAAAAUUUAUAUUGUAACUUUUGCUAAUUAAAGUCAAAUUCAGAUAAAAUAUACAUAAAGGUCAUUCAAAAAAAUCGUAGGAAUCCUGUUAUAACUUUUUCUUUGCAGUCUUUAAUAAUGUGAAAUAAAACUGAGCUUCUUAUUUGAAUAUUUACAUUUUCAUUUGCAACAUCAGUAUUAGCAAUACUACUUAGAUAUGCAUUUAGAUACUGUCUACCUAAAAUAAUAAGAGGAUUCAUCCGAAACGUAACCCCAGUGAUUAAUGUAUUCUUUCUACAAUGCUCAUUUUAGGUCUCGAUGAAGUGCGCUGUACUUUUUAACGUAACAAUUAACAGCUACCAAAACUUCACUCAGACCAAUGAUAUUUAAUUAACAAAAAGAUUGCUAAGAUAAUAAACUUAAGUGUAAAACUUUCAGUCACAGACUGUAGGCCAGCGGCGGGUCUCGGCUUGUGAUUAAAAUAAAUAUUUCGCGUAAGCAAAUAUUCAUGAAAAGUCUUAAAUGUUUUCGCAUUUCUUUUCACCAUUUUAAUUGUUAACUAAACUAAGUUAGAUAGAUAUGCCAUCUAAGUACAAUAAAGCGAAGCGUAAUCUGCAUAUAUCAUACAAAAUUUCGAAAUUAAUUAUACUUAUUUUUUGUAAGUUUGACUAUUUUUCUGCUUAUCAAAAUCUCCUUGAAACAUAUUAGUCUUAAAUGUCACUUUGUAUUCAGCAUUUAAAAAGUAAUUCAUUUUAUAUCAUGCAAAACAUAAUAUUUUCAGAUACAUCCAAAUUACUAUUAUUAUAGGAUAAAAUUUAAACUCAUUGCCUUUUAUAUGAACGUAGGAUUUCCGAUAAAGAGAGACUAUUGAAGAAAUAUUUAAUGAAGGAAAGGAGGAUUAUGGGGCUUAAUGGGCACCCAUUGUUUGGACGCGCCUCUUUCAUUAAGGACGUCUGCGCGUGGGAUGACAGCUCCUAGGGAGUCCAGUCUGAGGGCAGAGCCCAUAAUGCUUUAAGUUGAUUACCUGAUCGAUGGCAAAACACGAUUUUCGUUAAUAUGUAAUCGAAUAAGAUGCAAACGUCUCAAGCGUUUUUGGAGCUCUUCGCUUUCUUUGUUUAUAAAUAAUUUAUUUAUCUAAAUAGAAAUCAUAAAAUAAAAGUGGAUUAUUGUAUUAAAUGUUUCAAAUGCAUUUUCGACAGAUAACUUUCUAAGAUAAUUAUACUUUUACGAUAUGAUAGAGAUUAAACUGACGAGUUUUUCAAUUAUGGAAAAUAUUUUCCACUUUCAAAUGUUUGCUAGUUGAUAUAAACAAGCAUCGAUUAUUAAGGAUGUAUGCAUAUAUCAUUUGCGUUAAGUCACUUAUACUCAUUCAACUUCUUGUCAAGGAGAUACUUUCAGCUUCAUUUGAAAGGACUUCCAAAUAAAUAUGUGUGAGCAUAAUGCCCAGUGAUGUACUUGAAAAAUUGGCAUGCGCUUCCUAAAAAUAUUCUUAAUCAACUCCGGUUAAUCUAUCUCUUUAAUAAGGUUCGUCUAGAUAUUAAUUAAAAUUACCCCAUUUUCGCAUCCUUUAGUUAUGCUGCAUUUUAAAAUAUGUACUGAUUUUGCAUAGAUGAAAGUAGUUUACCAAACGCGAAAUUGGUUUGAAUGCAUCAUAUAUGCUUGGAUGCCUUUUCAAAUUGAGAACUUUCGUGGUGAACUUUCUCCAGUAGCUCAUACAAAAAAUUCUGAUCUGUAAAAAUUGUAUAUAGAAAAGUAUAUGAAAUAAAAUUUAAAUUUAACUAUAUAUUCUCGAAUAAAUACACUUUUGCUGUUAACAUCAUAGCUAACAUAUAAUUUUAUGAAAGCUAGCCAGUAGAUUCUUAUAUUUUUAUUUAAUUAACCUGAAACAAAUGCUACAUUUAAAUUUAUAUCUUACAUAACAACAACUUUAUGGAAGAGCAUCACGCCUUCAUUCAAAAAAAUAAAGUCCAUAAUAUCUUUUCAGCAGAAGCUAUGAAUAAUAAAUAUAUAUACUUAUGAUUCUGUAGAAGUAGUGCGAGGACUCUAUCAAGUAUUUUCUUUUGCAAGAUUUAAGGUGGCAAUGCGAGACGAAUUCCGCCCGAAAGAAAAGUAGUAUUUUACCUUUUUACUCCAGGACCUGACAUCCCAGCUUUCUUUCGUCGUAUUCAUUGUUUGUUUGUUGAAAAUCAGAGUCGAAGUUGCAGAUUUCAGUUCUCUCUCCCCAGGUUCUUCAUAUUACCUUGAAUCAAGCUGAAUCAAGGUAGUCAAGAUAAGUUGAAUCAAUAUACCCAUGUGCAUUGUAUUAAAAACCUGUUGUGUAUUAAAAACUUGUUGUUGUGUAACCAUAUGUAUUAAAAACCUGUUGUGUAUGUUUUAUUUGGAUUAGAAUAAAUCCAACCUAACAUUAAAAUAGCAUCAAAAUGCUACAUCAUUCUUCCAUUUGCUGCCGAACAAAAUUAUUAAACUUAUAUUAAAAGAUGGAAGCAAAUUUAAAAUAAAAUCUUUAGUAAUAUUUAUGGAACAACGUGAGGAACAUUUUAGUUCUGAUUACUCAAAAAGAAACGUCACCAUAAAUCUACUUUAAACCACAAUUUUUAAUUUUGAUAUCGCCUGUAUAUUUAGUUACGAUUUUUUUUCUUCGGAAUAUGAUGUGAAAUCAUGAGUUAUUUGUUUAAAUUAAGAGAAACAAGAGAAAUUGAGGCUACUUUGAACAACAGGAAUAAUCACAUUAUAUAUUACAUACAAUCUACGAUACAAGGACCGUUAAACAUAGAAUUUAUGCUUCUUACCCUAAAUACAGUCCCUUAAAAAAUAUCUUCCAGAUAUUUCUGUUGCACUAUGAAUCCCGGACUGCUCUGAUCCAGCUAUGUUUAGGCAAAUCGUCUCCGUGGCCUGCAUUGAAAUUACAUCCAGAUCUGGAAUUCCUUGCUCCUGACGAAUAUGGGCCAACCUUCUCUUAAAUCGCAUUGACUGUCUUUCUUAUUGAAAGCGAAAAUAGAUUACAAAAACUGAUUUUUUCCUACUAUCAUCUACAUUUGUAUUAAAAAUGUAUAAUUAUUUGAUUAUCAAAAAGCCUAAUGAAAGCUUAACAAAACACGAAUUUUAAACUUUUCUCAAACAUUAGCAAUGGAUAUUAAAUUAACAACAUACACUUAACUAUUUCGAGAAUGUGAUUAUGUUCGUCGCAGUAAUUACAUUAAAUAAUAUCUUUCAACCAAAUAAACCGAGUCUAAUAAGUUGGAGAGAUAAAUGCAGCAUUUGCUAAUUUUCGCUCAGAAAGCAUUAAAAUAAAGGUCAAUGACUGUGUAUUAAUUCUCAACGUAUUUCCUUUCAGGAUAAUGUGACAUAACUAACAAUCAAUGACCAUUUACGUAUGCAAGGCUCCUUUCAUUUCUGUCCACUAUAUUAUGCCAAGACUAUUGGAAGAAUGAUGAAUUUUAAUAAAUUAUUCUUCAUUUGCAGUUACAGAAUUAUCACAUAAAUGCUUAAAACAUUAGAAAUUUGUCCUUGUUUAUUGACUUAGAACUAAGCAAUUUGCAUAAACUACAUUCUUUCCUAGCUGGUGAGAGAAUCUGAAUGCUGUAACGAAGCGUGACUCGAAUUUCUGUCACUCUCUCCGACCCCCCUCGUAAUAUGUGCGUGUAGUGAUUUGAAGUGUUUCUUUCUGAAUAUGAUCUCUGUACUAUCUGUUGUGUUGCUCCUUUUCAUGUAAAUGCAUUUCUUCCUUCAUCAACUGUUAAGCAUUUUAAUAUAUAAUGAAAAUAUAAAACCAGUUUCUUAAAA